CAAAUUCUUAUCUGGUGCGCGUCUUUUAUUUUGACAGCGCAUGCAGACCACUUAUGUGCACCCCUGAUAAUAAUCAUGACCCCCACAGAGCAGGACAUUCACUCAGCCAAAGAGGUUUGAGAUGGCCCAGCAAGCUGCAGGAACAACAAUGGCCACUGUGGCAACACCCAAGCCUACUUUACACCACCAAGUAUGGGUCUCCACAGUUUCCUUGAGUUCUGCAUUGUCUUUUCUAAGCUGUGCGUUCUCCUGCAUGAGUUUAUCUGCCUUACUUUGGACCUCGCACACCUCAGCACGAAGGCUCCUUAUCGCCUUAAGGUGACCCUCUUCCUUUAUCUGAGCGUUUGUAAUAAACGUCUGCAUUGUACCACUCAGUCUGUUAAAAUGGUUAUCAAUGUUUGGUACAGAGCGUAAAUUAUUUAACCUUUCCUCUGCCAUUUUUAUUUUUUUUUUUAAAUUGACUGCACAGUGUAUUAGCUUUUUGAAAGGUUCCUGGUUUCUGAAAAUGCUCCAAAGUAAACUGUGUUAAACGAGCUCUUAUUUAUAGACUAUGGACACUGUGACGUGAUAUUCUUUGCCACUAUAGUGGCAAAGAAUGACGUCACAGUGAUCGUUUGAGAAGAUCAAAGGAGCGCUGUGGAUCAUUCUGCGCAUGCUCAGAAUGAGUCACAUUCUGAGCAUGCGCGGUCACUGUGACGUCAUAUUCGGCCACUAUAGUGGCAAAGAAUAUGACUGAAUAUAUGACAAAGAAUAUAUGAUCAUUCUGCGCAUGCUCAGAUCAUGCGAAUUUCCUGUUGUCUAUCACAUAUGGGCUGUAUCCCAAUUCAGGGUCUGCAGCCUUAAAGUCCUCAAGGGCCGCGUACUCAAAGACCGCUAAGGCCGGAAGUGCGAGGCUUGUGAAAUGGCAACCCGUUCUCACUCCCGACACGUAAAAUAAUGAUGAUUUGUCACGUCCCUUAACUUCUCAUGCUGACGCUAAAGGUAUCCUUCCACGUUUUUAUGUGACGCUGUGGGUUGUCAAUUCAUUCCAAUAUGAACCCGCUCGCGGCGAUCAGAGACGCUUCGAGCAGAGGCUCCAGCCAUCCAUUUACUCCAAUAAUAACCCCGUCACGGCGAAACAUGACGCCGUGAAGCACAAUCUAACUGGAGAACCGGGGACCCUCUCCGCGAACGGGUUUUUCUCCCUAAUUUAAUGCUUUCUUUUAAUGACAUCGUUAACAUUUCUCAACAAAAACACGUGAAAGUAUCACUGAUAAUUCAACAAUAAAAUCGCUUCAUGUUGUGGCCAUCACACAGUGUUUUCCAAACUGAUUCACGAUCUGAAAGUGCGCAGAUUUAACGUACAUAAUCCUUUGUUAGGUUUAUUAUUUUCAUUUCACACGUAAAACACAUUUAUAGAUUCAUUCACCACUCCUGUUAGUUUUGGAUGCGCUCGGCUCACUGUGUCAAGCCAGCCUCCAAUUCGAGACUUGCAGUCAAGCCAGCCUCCAGUUUGUUUUACGUUCCCUGUGUAUUCAAAGUAUUACGGGAAUGGAUGUGGAAACCGGAUUUCAAAAUAAAAGCCAACUUCGAGUGAAUUAACAGAUAUGUUAAGAACAUAAUAACAUAUAAUUUAGGCUUUUUUUUAUUUUUUUUUUUACAAACUCUAAUGUUAGAUCUAUAUGACACAGCCUUGUACCCUAAUUGUGCCCUGUCACUAUCAAGGCCAUCUUAUUUUGGAUUUCAAAGUAAAAGCCCUGUGAAUCUUCAUUUUUGAACUACUCUUUCAAUGACUUAAUAAUGCUCUUAAAAGCAAAAGUCGUAUUUCCAAAUACUAUUUGAACUUUAUAUCAACACUUUCCAACCACAGUCUUUUUCACAGUGAUACCAUAUCAAUAUCAAGUCAGUCUGAUUUUGCCUUUCAUAGUAAUGGCCCUUUGAAAUUGCCGAUAUUUGACUUAAUCUUCUAACGAUUCAAAAUGCUCUAAAAUGAAAAAUUCUUGUUUCCACAGGGUAAUUCCACUUUAGAUCAACAGUAUACAGACCCCACAGUGAUACCAUAUCAAUAUCAAGUCAUUCUGAUUUUGCUUUCAAAAAUAAAAGCCUUUUCAAAUUGUCCAUAAUUGACCUACCUUUCAGUGAUUUCAAAAUGCUCUAAAAUGGAAAAUUCCUGUUUCCACAGGGUAAUUCUACCUUAGAUCAACAGUAUACAGCCCCACAGUGAUACCAUAUCAAUAUCAAGUCAUUCUGAUUAUGCCUUCAAAUAAAAGCCUUUUCAAAUUGUCCAUAAUUGACCUAACUUUCAGUGAUUUCAAAAUGCUCUAAAAUGGAAAAUUCCUGUUUCCACAGGAUAAUUUCACUCUGUAUUUACAGUAUAAAGCCCCACAGUGAUACCAUGUCAAUAUCAAGUCAGUCUGAUUUUACUUUCCAAAGUAAUGGCCCAUUGAAAUUGCCCAUAUAUGACUGACUUUUGUAACGAUUUUGAAAUGCUCUAAAUAGAAAAAAAUCCUGUUAUCCGCAUAUUGUAGCAUCAUCCAUAACUGUGUCCCAAUUCAGGGGCUGCAUUAUGGGUAGUAGUAGUAGCAGCUAGGCUAGUCCGUUUCUAUGGUAACGUGCAAUGUAAAGUUUCGUCGUCACUUUCUUUCUAUUAAAUAUCUCUGGUAACGUUUAAUAUUGCUGAUAUCGCAGUAAGAUACUCGAACCUUUUUUCCGUGACGGUUUGGGAGUGUGUUUAAAAUAGGACAUUAGGGUGACAAUAAACAAAUUGUGGUUUAACUGAGCACAAUUACUUCGUUUAGAUAUUAGGCUUUAGCUAACUUUUGGCUAGUUUAGCUAUAGCUAGCUAGUUAGCAAGCAUAAUUUCUGAAAAUGGUAGUAUUAUAAGGUUCACCUAACUGAACAAAUAUGGGAAAUAAGAUAUGAUGUUCUCGUAAUUUGGAGCUAUCCAGACACUAAUGACAUUUGCCAGUGUUUUUGUUAAACACUUCAAUUAAACAUUGACAUGGAUAAGACUAAGAUUUGCAGCAACCGGCGCAAUACUAUUAAGACAGAUCUCAGUUUGCUGCUGGAGUGUCUCAAGUUUCAGAUGAAAUGCCCCGAUUUACAGAAACAAGCCCUUCUCACUAUUCAUUCAAUCUGCGAAAAGAGAGAGGAUAAUGUGGACCUGCUAAGAGAAAUGGGAGGUGUGGCAUUUGUGUAUAACCUCUCCAAAUCCAGCAUUGUUCAUCCAGAUGUUAAGGAGACUGCUCUCUUUACACUUGGCACACUGGCAGAGGCCAACGUCUACUGCAAGAAUUCUCUGUGCAAAAAUGAGAUAUUUGCAGACCUUGCUGAUUGUCUAAUGAAAGAGGACAUCCCGCUGAAACAGAAGCGACUCUCUGUUUAUUUGCUGCUUGUGCUGGUAGCCAACAACAAAUUAGGACAGACUUUGGCUCAGACCAGUGGCUGCCUGGACGUUCUACUGAAUCUCUUCAGGGCCACUUUCCCCAUCUCCACAGAAGCCACUUUCCGAGCAGCUAAUGCUACUCAAACUUACCAGCUUUGGACGUCUGUGUCUAGUGCUCUUUGUGGAUGUGUAAACAACCCUCAGAAUGAGGAGGGUCAGCGUAUUUGUGUGGCAGCGUUUCCUGUGAUUAAAAUCUGGCUUCAGCAGCUUACUUUUCCACAGACUGAAAUUUUUCAGCCAAUAUGCACAUUCAUAGCAAUGACAGUGGCCAACAACUCCUGUGUUCAGGAGAGUUUUUCUGCCUGUGGGGGAUUAGAAACUCUCGCUCUUACCCUGGGUCGUCUAGCUUCUGCUGCAGAUACGAGCUUAUUGUCUUGCCAGCUUUCUGUCAUUAUAUCCAAGACUCUGUCAGCUUGCAUCACUGAUAACUCUUCUCUGGCUUCAGGUCUGGCGCAGUAUGGCGUGGUCUUACACCUUUUCUCUUUGCUGGCUAGUCCACACUUGGACCCAGAAGACAGGCUUCCUAUUUUGCUAAGCCUUGGUUACUGCACUGAGGCCUCUGAAAAGCACCAGUCCCAGCUGAUAUGGUGUGGAGGGCUCCCCAUUAUCAUAACUUUACUCACAGAGGAUUCAAGUGAGGAGGUUAGGAGGGCUGCUACAUUCAUAUUGCAAACUUGCAAAAAGGCCACUAUGUGCUCAGGAGUGGGUGAUCCGAUAGCAAAACAGGCUGAAAAUGUGGAAGCCCCUAAACACAUUGAGGAGAUCAGGAGUUCAGCCAGAGAAAUGCUACACAGGAUUAACCUGCUAGAGAAGAGAAGGGAUGUCGAGGGUAAGCAGGAAGACGCAGUUCUACCAAAUUCACAUGAGGGGCGAGACCAAAUAUCUCUACCAGCUUUAAAUCUGCCACUGCACAUACCACAAAAUGAGGGUGUUGAAACUGUCCCCAGAAACAUAACUGAGAGGGGGAAUAAUGGUGAAAACAAGGAAUUGACCUCUGGGUUAAGUUCUCACAAAGAAACCAGUGAAGGUGACGUCAGGUGUUCAAUGUGCAAAGGUACUGGAGCGCUCAUGUCUUCUCAUAUCCUGCCACUAGAGGGAGCCAGUAAGCAACUUGAGGCAAACAGUCAGCGGUUUAAGCCAAUAUUUCCAGUGAGGUACACAAAACCAAGCGAUAUUAAGUGUAUUGAAGAGUUACAGCAUACUGAUAUGAAGAACGUGAUCAAAGCCCCAGUCCCUUAUAGUCGUUGUGUAGCCUGUGUGUUACCUUUUGAGGAAGUGACCAGUCACACUUUUGAGUCUCUCCAAAGCUCUUGCCACCAAAGCUGUGACAGGCACAAGGUUCUCAGAGAGGCCACCAAGCACUUCAGAAUGCAUCACUGCAGGCUCGUGUUUGAGAAGGAGCACCAGGAUCCCGCUGAGGCUGAGAGAUAUUCAACAGCAGAGCCACAACAAACCUGCAAAAACUGGACUGGACCUUCUGAAGGUGAAGGAAAGGUAAUUAACAAGAACACUCUGCCUGAACACCGAUGGAGAAAGCACAAUGGCGUCACAUUGGUUCCACUACAAAGAAGAGCUAAAAAGACAACAUUCGCCUCUGAUAACAGGACUGAUAUUGAGAUGGGAGGGAGGAGUGGUCACCAUAACAAUCUGCAGAAGAUUGGCUUGGAUCACAGUUCCACUAAAAGGAAGAGAAAGGACUUCAGCUGUGAGGAGGUGGGUUACCUGCUGUCUGGAGUAAAGACGUAUGGCUUCUCUUGGAACUUAAUCUUGUGGUCAUAUCCCUUCCAGCCUGGGCGCACCAAUGUUGACUUGGCCAAGAAGUACAGGCGACUAAUGAAACGUAAGGCCCAGGAUGCCAGCCGUGCAGAUUCUUAAUCCUUGUUCAACCUAGGAUUUGUUGAUCAGCUGACUGGAUUUACCUUUCACAGACAGGAAAUCAACAAAGGGAGAGGAGACUCAGGUCAAGCACUUUUGUUUAUUGAGCUGAAAGCCUCUGGUAUGACAGGAAUCACAGUGCAAAUCAAACUGCUUAUCUUUCCCAGUGUGCCUCAAGAAGCAGCUCAGUCUGCAAAAUGUGUCCUUUAAAGCUUAGCUUGACUGAGAUCAUUGUCUAGAGUGCCUCUCCCAUUCUGUGGGGACUCAUCAGUGUGUUGCUAAAAUCAUGGGUCUUCCCCAUUUUCCAUGCCCUGGGGUGUGGGCUGUAAUAGUUUGAGACCUCAUAUAAUAAUGGAAGGGUGAAAGGGAAUUUUUUACUGGUGAUAGUUAUACCCUGGCAUUAAGCUUUUCCCGUCAUUGAUUUGUAUUUCUGUUGAAUUGGCAAAGUAAAUGUGCAAAUUAUUGCUUAUUUACAUUUGCAAGUACACCCUCUUUCAAUUCUAAGCUUUUGCAUAUCAGGAUAUUUUUAAAAAAUCAUCCAGUCCUUACCAUGUUCUAAAAUUUCUAAAAAAUACAACAACCUACAACGAAAAACAACACAACAUAUUACACUAUAUUUAUUUAACAAAAAGCUAAACUGCAGAAGUGGUAUGUGAAAAACUAACUGCACCCAUGUAGCUUGUAAAACCACCUUUAAUAACAAUAACGUGAAGUAAUCAUUUUCUGUAUGACUAUCAGUCUUUCACAUUAUUGUCGAGGAUAUAAAAGACUGAUACAUGGCCUUACAUGUGACUCUAGACUGAUGUACAGAGGAGUUCACUGUCGACUUAAUGGCUGCAAGGUGUCCGGAUCCUGUAGCUGCAAACUGAGCCCAAAUAUUUACCCCUCCACCACUGUGCACGUGGAGAUAUCCACAGCUGGGAAGAUUGGAAACAGUCUUAAAUGUUUUCCACUCCUGAAAAAAUGGGCAAUGCUCCAAACCAGCACUAUGCCAAAAUCUCUGCUUUUAUAGAGGUGCAAACAUUUGCUAAUUAAUCAAUUAAUCAAAUGUAUUUGGUUAGCAGCACCUGUCGGCUGCUUUUCACACACUGCUUCUACAUUGUGGUUUAAGCUUGUUAUGAUGUAAUAUCUGAGGUUGUGGUUACCCAGUUAUAGGUUAUGUUUUAUGACCUGAUAAAUUAAACCACAGAAUUGCAAAAGCGUGUGCUUUCUUUCCACAUGACUGUAGAUUAAAGUUUUAAGGCAUUUAGGAGUGGCCUUUCAUACCAGUGUCCUGACUACUCAGACAAGAUUUUGGGAUAGCAAUGUGGUGAAAGCAAGGGGAGGCAUGUGAGGAACAGAUUUCUCAUGGACUGAAAUGCAGUCACACUGAAGACUUUUGACCCAGGCCCCAUGAAAAUCUCCUUCCUCUGGAAAGAAUGUGGCCUAGUCUCCCCCCUUUCUCCUCCCUCCUCUGAUGUCCUCUCUCCCACGAGACAGUGAGACGCUCCAGUCCCUCUUAAAUGAACUGGGAUUUGCUACAUAGAUUUCUAUUGCCAUUUGCAGAGUGCCCCGUACAUGUAGUAGUUUGUCAAACAUGCCCAGAGUAUCUCCUGUUUUUCUUCCCCCACAAAAAUCCAUUCCCAGAAUCUUCAGUGUGACCAGAUACUAUAAAAUAUACCUUUGAAAAACAGGGAGCAAGAUUUUGAU